AUGGCUUCUAAUUCAAACUGUGGUGCUCUUACAACACGCAGCAUGACUAACAUAUGGCUGAUUGGACAGUUACAAAGUGAACUUCCAGUAAAUGUAUUGCCUACAACAGGUGAUGUCCUGAGAAUGUUUUUUUGUUAUCAUCAAGUAGAAAAGAAAACUGUACCUGAAAGUGCAAAACUGUCGUCAGAUAAGGUCAUGGACAUGUGGAACAAGGCUAGAAUACCAACAACCUACCAUACUCAUGUUGUAGAAAAAGUAAAGUCGGUAGUUGAUGACUACAAGCUAAUAAAAAAGAACAAAAACAGACAAAGUGAAGCACAACGAGCACGAGAGAAGGAAUUUGAAGAAAAGGAGCACAUGCUGUUUGAUAUUGCUCACCAACACGCCAUGCAGCUCAUCCGAAUUCAGGAAGAUAUAGAAUUUCUUGAAGACCAGAGGGGCAGUCGACGAAUGCAAAUGAGUGGCAUUGAUAAAGACCUGACCAAGAAAGAAGAGCGCACAGAACAACGUAAAUGCAAAGAAGAAGAGAGAAAAGAGCGAGAGCAGGAGCGGAUGACAGAAAGUACCUCACUACAUUUAUCUAGUUCUGAUGACAGUGAUAGUGAACAGCAGGACACAGAGGACAACUAUGAAAUUGAAAUUCCAGUGUACUACAAAAAGCAGAUCAGUGAAGUAGAAGACA